GUCAUGGCAUUCGGCAUUUAUGACGUAAUGAUAAAGUAGACAGCAAUGUUCUAUAUCAAUUUAGCGCCAUUCGCGACACCAUCUUUGUCGCUUUCUCCCAAAUUCCCAUUUCUGAUCGGGUUCUAUCAUCUGAGUCGUCUGCGGUCCAAAAUUAUUAUUUUACGUGCGAGUGUUAUAUAAGAUCAGUUAUUUUGGACUACAUCAAAUCUACCAUCAAGGGAAAGUAUGGAGACUCCGGAAAGUGACCAGUUCAAUUCUACUCAGGAAAUGCAGUGUCCAUCAAUUGUGGGCAGGCGAAGUGUGGAGAUGAAAAGUGUCGCGGAGGAGUUCUUCUGUCUCACUGAUGAGACGGACCAAGGGAGGAUGAGUGUGUCAACACGUGGAGCCAGUAUGAGGAGCAGCCACACUCCUGGACACGGCAAACGGAGUGAAUCUGUGCUGCGCAGGACUGUGACCUUGGAUUAUAAUGAUGGUGAUGACUGUGAUGAUACAGAGGGAAUCGCUGAACAUGCAACAAAACCAGAAGUCACAGAAGAAUGGAUGUCAGUCAUGGGGGCAAAACUCCCAGAGUUACCAGUUCAUAAAAAUAUCUCAAGAACGAAAUGUGAGUCACCAAAAGAAUAUAUCGAGCUCCAAAGUGAUAAAGGGAUGAGUGUACCAGAAACGCAGACAAGGAUGAAAGAUCAGGCCAAGAUACUGUUACCACUAAAGCCUUUCAGUGAGGGAUAUGAGGCUGCAUUCCUCAGGGACAGAAUGCGAAGGCUCUGCAGAAGAUCAGGACCUCCUUUCUUGCUGUUCUCCCCUACGGAAAGCCUGGGGGACAUACUGUACAGGAAAACCAAGCAUGUGUUUGACUACACAGUCACGGACAUGAAAGACAAAAAGCCCGAUGUUUCAAGGUGUGGUUCCAAUCUAAACCAGUGUGUUAAACCAGCCCUUCCAGUACGGAAGGGCUUCAAUGUAUCCACAUCUAGGUACAGCCAGAGAAGGGUACAAUCAAUUGAUCAGAUGACGGUGAUCAGAAAAGAUCAUGUCGGUAGGCCUUUACUGAUGCUGAAAGGCAAUGCAAGUCUAACCAACAGUGAUGGAAGCAACAACACGGAUUCAUUUGCUUAUUCAUCCAGACUCACAAAGGGAAAACCAUCAACCUCCUCUCAGCCAGGACCUGUCAUCAGGAUCCCACCAGUAUUAACCAGGAAGCAUUCUGACAUCAUCAGAGAGGAAAGAAAGAGGCACUACUACAAAGACCUGUGUCAGCAGGUGGAGGAGAAGAGACAACAAAAAGCAAGGGAGAGGAGAAGGAUUACCGCCGCCGAACAAACUCACAAUGAGACAAUGCAGUUCUGCACCUGGGGGAUGCCAGGGAGCGGAGCCCCAAACUACCACCUGGACUCUGUGAGAAGGAACAAGUUCAGUUCCACAGAAAUGAUACCCCAGGAACAGCUCCGCUGUAAAGGCUUCAGCGGGAUCCCUUUUCAUCUGCAUGUCAAAUGACGGCCAUUUUAUGGUCCCCCAGCCCAGACGAUUGAUGCUCAGCUCAGACAACUGAUAAACCCAUUAAACUAACGCAGUAGUAGACCAAACACUGCGCUCUGCUGACUUCUGUCCCAUAGGUGGUAGAUAAGUCAUCGAUUAGCUGGAUUUCAGCACUCCUUGGCACUUGUAUCUAUUGAUUAAUUUACUGUUUCAAACUACCAUGCGGGCAUAACCACACUCAAAACAAUUCUGGAACUAAGGUUUUACACAUUCUGAUGGUGUUCAAAUCAGUUGUAAUGGUAGCGAUGCACAUAAACAGUAAGAUAUAUAUAUAUAUAUAUAUAUCAUACACACACAUAAAUGCUACAGUGGUAAUUGACAGAUCGAUAGCAUGGUGAGAUAAUGAAUAGAAACAGUAGCUCACUAAAGAUAAGACUGUACACAAAAAAAAGCUCCUAACUGGUCGCGAAAGUGAUAAGAUACUGUCUGCCUACAGUCAAAGAAUUCUUCUUUUUUUUUUCAUCAUAUUUUAACCAUUUUAUAUGAGUAAUUUUGUAUGUAUAUUGAAGCCAGAGUUGUAGUGAAAUAAAACUCUCCUGUCAGAUUAAGAGACUGGGUGAAAAAAAUUGA